UCAAGGUGCACGGAUUCUAAGGGCUUCAGUGCGCUUUAUUCCAAGGGUGUGCAACUUCGUUUGGCAAGUUGCAGCUACGCAGGCUGUUGAGGAAUAAGAACAUUGCUAUGCUACCUCUAAUAUUGGGGCAGCCAUAGCGAGCUUCGCAUUCCGCUCCAACCUGAUACGCACCCAAUCACACCAGAAGCAUCAUGAUAUCGGCCUUACGCAAUCGCCAUCACCCUGUUCUGUCGUCGUCAUCACCCCCAACAACAACGAUUCCAUUAUCAUCACCAACAUCCAGAAACACGCAGAGACGCUGGCGUCACCCAGCAGAAAAGAGCUCGAGGUGGAGCGUAGCGCCAGAGGAAACGGGGCCGUGUGGGAGCAGCGCAGGGCUGUGGCAGCAGUCGUGGAACCCCGCAAGUUGGGAAGCAUGCUGCAGCAGUCAACGCUCUGUACAGGCCCCCGGUUCAUGUGUAUGCGAGGAGGACGAUCAGCUACAACAAGCAUUGCUGGUGAAUCAAGACCAGCAGCAGAGCUGGUGGCGACAGCAGCAGCGGCAGCGGCAACAGCAGCACGAAAAAUUGCCCCCUAAGCUACUGUUAGCAGCAUCGACUAGGACGGCACCAGGUCUGCUGGCGCUUGGACGAAGCCAAGAAUCAAGACAUACAUUGUAUACGCGCGCUGCAGGGGACAAGCGAAGUAGGCGGGCGCGACGACGGAGACCGCCGAUAGAUGGGACCUUCUUUGGCAUCUGCGGCUAUCGUUCGCUCCCGCCAAUUUUGCUCGUGCGAAUGUGACCAUAUGCCCGCCAUGCCCCACAAAAUGUCCUGUGGCGGCAGCGCAUCCUCGACCAUGGUUUGAUCAUCAUCCUGUGCAUGUACGUGUACCAUUCCAUCCAUCAUCUGCGUUCCACAAGCUAGACAACACUUCAUUCCAAUUCAUGGUUCGGCUCCUUUC